GGUUGGUGAUCAGUCUCAUCGCACUCUAUCCACUUCCAAACCUCCCAGUCGCGAAGGCGUCGCCACCCGUCUUGGCCAUCACCCGUCACCUCGGAGCUUUCCCUGGCAUCGGUCCUUGCGUUUUACCCUUCCUCCCUUCCCAAAAUGGUUUUCACCCUUACCUUUCGCCAGUCUCUGGCCGUAGUCCUCGCUCUUGUCUCGGGCACUCUUGCCAAAGAUUGGGAGAGCCCCGAGUACAAGUGGCUUUACGAGUUCCCUCUUCCCAUUCCCCCUCCAAAGACGGAGAAAUUCCCCGACCAACCGAUCAUGAACCCCGUGACGGGAAAGAAGAUUAGAUACUACGAGAUUGAAAUCAAGGAGUUCGCCGCUCAGGUUUACCCUAACCUCGGACCUGCCAAGUUGGUCGGCUACGAUGGUAUCUCGCCAGGGCCAACGUUCCUAAUGGAACGUGGCGAGGAGGCAGUUGUCCGCUUCACCAACCACGCCAACUUGGCAAACUCCGUUCAUCUUCACGGCUCGCCUUCCCGCACCCCGUGGGACGGCUGGGCUGAAGACAUCACUGCUCCUGGGAGGUACAAGGACUACUACUACCCCAAUAACCAGAAUGCGCGCACCCUCUGGUAUCACGACCACGCCAUCGACCACACCGCCGAGAACGCCUAUUUCGGCCAAGCUGGUGCUUACAUACUUCACGACUCCAAUGAGGAUACUCUCGGCCUCCCAUCAGGCUAUGGAGUCUAUGACACCCCCCUUAUCCUGUCUGCGAAGCAAUAUAACCCGGAUGGCUCUUUGUACUCCCCCGCCAACGAGCAAACCAGUCUCUACGGAGAUGUUAUCCACGUCAACGGACAGCCAUGGCCCUACCUCAAGGUCGAGCCGCGCAAGUACCGCUUCCGUCUCCUCGAUGCCUCAAUUUCCCGUACUUUCUUCCUUUACUUGGAGGAUCUUCAGCAGAACAGAGUUCGCUUUGAUGUCAUCUCCUCCGACACCGGCCUCCUCACAGGUCCUCAGAGUGUGACGGAGCUCUACAUCUCCAUGGCCGAACGUUACGAGAUCGUCGUCGACUUCUCUUCUUUCAAGGGCCAGAACAUUACCAUGCGCAAUACCAGAAGUUUCGCCGCAGAUAUUGAUUACCUCCACACCGACAAGGUCAUGCGCUUCAUUGUCGGCGAUACCACAGUCAGCGACACGGCGACAGUCCCCUCGGCCCUCCGCACGGUGCCCUUCCCUAAGGACAAGGCAGGAAUCGACCAGCACUUUCGCUUCGAGCGCCAAGGCAGCUCCUGGCGCAUCAACGGUGUCACCUUUGCCGACGUCAAUAACCGCGUGCUCGCCAGGCCGAAGCGUGGCACCAUCGAGGUCUGGGAGCUCGAGAACAGCUCGGGCGGCUGGAGCCACCCGAUCCACAUCCACCUCGUCGACUUCCGCGUCGUCAAGCGCGUAAACGGCCGCAGCAACGUCGUGUUCCCGUACGAGUCCCAGGGCCUCAAGGACGUCGUCUGGCUUGGCCCGGGGGAGACCGUCACCGUUGAGGCGCACUACGCUCCCUGGCCCGGCGUGUACAUGUUCCACUGUCACAACCUGAUCCACGAAGACCAUGAGAUGAUGGCUGCCUUCAACGUGUCUGUCCUCACGGACCUGGGAUACGACGAGACGCAGUUCGCGGAUCCCAUGGAGACCGAGUGGCAAGCCAAGACGGAGGAUCCCGCUGCCUACGCCUUCAACGCGGUCAAGUCACGCAUCGAGUACAUGGCCAAGUUCCAGCCUUACAACAAUGUCGAAGAGGUCGAGAGCAGGCUGGACGCCUACUGGGCCACCAAGACUAACGCACCGUCUACGAACUCGACAGCCUCAACGCUGAUUGUCAGCACCACGUCUGCAUCCACUUCUGUCAGCCCGACCAUCACUGCCAAGCCUUCCACGACGAGCAAGUCGGACGACGACAAGAAGAAGACAUCAACUACCGCUACCACGACGAAAAAGCAGCGCGGUAUGCGCUUCCGCCGGGUUGAUAUGGAGAUGCCCAAGCGCACCAUGGCGCCCCAGGCUUGAGAUUGACCACAGCUUACUUUGUGUGCUUUUCUUUCUGUUUGACGAUUUAACGACACGAUAUACCAAAUCUCCUCAUGGAAGAUAGACUUGCUUCCAGACCACAUCUAGACUUUCCUUUCUUUUUCAUAUGGUACGGGUCGGAGGCUUUUUCGGUGCGACGCCUCGCGGAAAUUUGUAGUUUGCUGCACACAUAAUUUUAUACAUACAAGAUUAAUUCAUAUUCCACUGUGCCCUCGCAUGAAGUGAGCGUAAAUAGUCAAACGCCUUGUAUCGCUCUGCAUGAAUAGUCUU